AAGGCAACAAUCUGGUGGCACCCAUGCUAUUUAUUGAGGUUCGGGAUUUAGUACACUUGAUGAACGAAAGGACUGACGCGUGCACCACGCCAUCUGACGCGUGUACCACGCCAUCUGACGCGUGGUGGUUUGUCUUGGGUGAGUUGUAGUCCGGUCUCUGCUAUACGCUAAUGCCUGAGAACUGCAUUCCUAUAAUGUCUUCCUUUUUUUUUCUCUCUCUCUCUCUCUUUUUUUUUUUUUUAUAUUUUAACAGGUAGGCCCACCACUAUCUCGGACAGCGGAGAAUCAAAAGUAGCAAAAAAAAAAAAAAAAAAAAUUUUUUUUUUUUUUAUAUUGUAACAGGGAGGCCUACCAAUAUCUAGGACACCGGAAAAUCAAAAGUAGCAAAAAAAAAAAAAAAUACAUAAGAAAAAAGACAAAUAAAGUUAGAGCAUUUACUAUUUUAAGAACAGAAAACAUAAAUAAUCAUAAUCUGGCCAUUCUUAUCUAAUUGCUAUGUAGGCCUACUGUGACACCUCCAGUGAUAAACAAAUCAACGAGCAGGUCUAGUUUUGUUUGCUACCCCCCCUCCCACACACCACAUCCUUUUAUUUUUUGUAAAUUUAUUUUAAUAUUAUUUUUAUUUACUUUUUUAAGAUACUGAAAUUGAAACUGGACUAAACAAAUUAAAUAUCUAGUUAAUAUAAAAGAAACCAAAAUUUAACCGAACUUCUUCCCCAGUUCAUUUCUUCUCACACCCUCUUCCACUCCAUAACUCCCCUGGUGUUGUCAAUUACUGGCCAUACACUAACUUUCCACGAUUUAAUUAUUGCAUACGAGCAUCAAAAUAAAAUAUUUAUCAUGUGUAAAAAUAGUUUAUCAGUCUUGCCGGCUGCAGCCGUAAUGAGGCUAUUCAUACCUGUGAGAAGAGCACAAAAUAUUUCUUCAUGUCAUUAUAAAUGCAUCCAUAUGAUAAAUAAAAAUUUAGAAUUAAAAUAAUUAAUAGGCUAUGUAAGAAAAAAAUAAUUAAAACUAAUUCGCUAAUUACAUUUUUUAUCACCUACCAGUACCAACGUCAAAGAAACGUACUUUUUAAAGGACAAUUAUGGUCAAAUAGGUCUUUAGGCUUUAACUUUAGGAUAAUAAGGAUAAUGGGUAAAGAAAAUAAAACUCUUGUCGUUAUUUUUAAUUGUUGACUUAUUUUUUUGUUAUAAUAAUGCCCUGAAUAUGAAGAUCUUUUCGUGUGUGUCCUGGUGCUUGUAAAACAUUUUUGCAAGCACUAGAUUUAUUUUGUGUUUUUUUUCAAACUGGUAUGGAUUUUUUAUUAAAGGGAGAUCAUUCGUCAUAUUUUUUUUUUUUUGUUUAAAGAUGGCUGCCCUCAGCAAAGCUGAAUAUCUUAAACGUUACCUUUCUAAAGAUGACUUACCAAAGGAAGAAAAGAUAAAGAAGAGGAGGAAAAUAAAAUCUUCCAAAGAUUCAAAGUAAAACAAUAAUAUUAAGUUAAUUAGUACCUUACCAGAACACAGGCCUGAGACAUUUGAGCAUUGUGUUUACAAUACAUGAUACAUUUACAUGAUGAAUACAUGUGAUUGUGAGAUAUUGUAUCAGUAGCUCAGUAGCAGUACAGUGAGUACAAUCAACAACCCUCACUCUUGAGUGACCCUUGUCACCGACUCUAACUUAAAACCAAGUUUUAAACUGUUAGCCAUGGCAGUAGGUUUUUUGUUGUUGUUGUUGUUCGUUCAAUUGAAGUAGACUUUAAGUAAAUGACAAUGACACUAAAUGUCUGGACCUAAAGCCUAAAGUAAGCUUAUUUACGUUUACUGAACAUUUGAAAAAUAAAAUAAGAGCUAGUAACAAUAAUUAUAAUAAUAUAGCUUAUUUGAAAAUCACGCUUCAUCCCCAAAGGCUCGAAGUGCGGUACAAAGUCAUCCAUUAUGGUCCAUAUUAAAAAAAGAAAUGAAAAAAAUCUAUAUUUUACCACAUUAAAAUUAGUACUGUGACUAGACUAGUAGUUGUGUGAGUAAGUGAUCAGUGAGUGAUUGAGAUGCAUUUAAAUAACUGUGAUUAGUGAUACUUCUGUGUUUUGGGUAAGACAUAUCCCAAAUAGUAAUAGCUUUUGUUGGAGAACUCUUUUGUAUUUUUGACAUUAUUUUUCUUUUUUAACAAAUGACAUGAAAGUUGUUCUGUAAACAUUGCACAGAGUAGGCCUAAUAGUAAUAAUAGCUAUUUUAAAUUAUUAUUAUUCUCUAUCAUAAAAAUGUAUAAUUUAAAGACCUGAUCACCAAUUUCAUUCAUUAUGUUAAUGACAAAUCUGCAUAUCUGCAUUGAUAUUGAAAUCAGUUGAAUUUUUAAAAAAUCAAAUAAUUUACAUCACUCCAUUAAAUGACCUCUUUUUUUAAUACUUCAGGCUUAAAAUCAUUGAUGAUGACAUAGACCUGAAACAAUUGAAACAGCAUCAAUCAAAAGGUGAGGAUCUGGAUGAGGCCCCCAUUGUUGCUGAGAUAAUUGAUGAGAGACCCAAACAUGUGCAACAAUUAGAACAGUACAGAAAAAAUUCAAGAUGGAAAGUCUUAGGGGAGGACGAUGAAGGUAAAAAGUGCUUAUCUUCUGUGUAGUAUAAUUGUGUUAUAAAAGCAUUAGGAAAUAUCGAAAUACAUACGCAACAGGUUUAAAAUUACAAUAUAUACUCAACAGGUUUAAAAAAACAACAACACCACCUUUUCACCUAAACACGACUUAUAAAAUUAGUUAAAGACAAAACUGUUUAAUUUUAAUAUCUUUUUAGAGUUACAGUUUACACUGAUGCCCUACACACAUGUAUACAUUUAACUUUCCCUUAGAUGGUACAUCUGCAUUAGACUAUGGUGUUAUUGACAAGUCAUUGUCUAAAGGCUCAUCCAGUAAAAGACAUGACAUCAGUUCAGCAGAUGAUAGCUCACCCAAGCGAGAGAAAUUUUCCAAUAAUGACACUCAACAUCAUAAUAGUAGUAAUAAAAGUUCUAAGGCUGAUGAUGGAAAUUAUAAAACUGGCAGCCGGCACUCAAACCAGAGACUAGAUUCUGACUCGGAUAACUCUCCUGUAAGGAAACAAAAUUUUUCCAAAAUAAAUGCUCAAAAAAAGGGAUCUAGUUCUAAAAUUUGGCCAGACCGAGGUCAUACGUCUAAAGUCAGACAUGAUUCUGAUUCAGAUAACUCUCCACCUAGAAAAAAGCAAACAAAAAGAGACACUACCAAAUCUGAAACCAAGAUUUCAGAUGGAAGAAAUGGCCAUCAGUCAGAUUCCGAUCCAUCACCACCAUGGCAAAAGAACACUAGGCAUGAUUCAGAUUCUGACCAUUCACCAAAGAGAAGACAUAAACACUCCUCUGAAUCUGAUCGCUCACCUCCUCGAAGACAUAAACAAGCAUCAGAAUCUGACCAAUCACCACCCCGAAAACGUAAACAAUCAUCAGAAUCUGACCAAUCACCACCUCGAAGACGUAAACAGGCAUCAGAAUCUGACCAAUCGCCUCCUCGGCGGAGAAAAGGAGAGAGACAUGAAUCACCAAAGGGGAAGAAAUCUAGCUCCUCUACUAGUCAAUCAUCGUCCAGGUAAUAAAAGAAUGAAAUCAUUUGUGAUUCUUUUUCACUGUGCAUUUUAAUGACCAUGAAUUAUGUCACGUUAUUAUCCAAUUGUCUCUGCACCAACUUUAGGUUAAUCGAAAACAUCACCACUCUAUUACACCACCCUCAUACAUUCUUAAUUAACUACCAUUUGCAGCAUUUAGCAUUAUUAUAUAUUUGUUUUUAUUUAUGGAUCUAAAAAUUAUUUCUUUUAGAUUUGUGAGGUUAGUUCUUAUUGUAAUUUUUUGUUUUAAUAUUACACUAACCAUCCAUUAAUAUUAAAAAAUUAUCCAAUGUUAGCACAGACCAUUAGUUAGAAACCUCCUGGUAAUAGCAUGCCCAAAGUCGUAUUGCUAAUUCAUUCAGUGUGCCAACAAUUUAUGAGUCCACCAUUUAAGAUGCAGUUUUUAGUCCUUUUUAAUUAUUUUUUUUUUGUGUUCUGCGUGCCAAAAUUGUUAUGAGUGCCAAGUCUGUCACAUGUUCCGCAGGUUGCCAAACCCUGGCAUAGACUAUCGAUAUUUUAUUUUAUUUCAAGUUGACGCCCGUCUUCCGUAUUAAGUGGUGGAUCAAUUUUACUAACUAUUUACUUAUUGUUUACCUCAUCAUCAAGAAUAGCUACCUUACCAGGCAACAUUAAGUGCAUCGUUUAUGUUGCUAAUUAAAAAAAUUGAAAAAUAUAUAUUUAAAAAAAAAAAUUAGUCAUGAUUGUUGUAAAUUAAUUUUUUUGAUCAAUGCUUAUUAUUUUGUUGUCUUAGAGAAAAGCGAGAUUCCGAACCAGGAACUCGGCAUUCUCGUUUUGACUCAGAGCCCAAGGAGGACAACACUAAAAAGGCCAAAAAGACAUUAGGUGGGGCCAAAGCCGGGUUAUCCUCAGCAAAGGACAUGAUCGAGGAAGCCAAGCGACUUAGAGAGAAAGAGGAAAAGGCAUUUGGAAAGGUGAGGAACCAGGUUAAAUUGGAGUUCAUCAAUCGCAGGGAAAUUUUGGAAUUGCUUUGUCAAAUUUUGCUUGAACUGAAGACAUGAAAAUAAAGUUUAGUAGAAGUUGUUUUCUUUAAGUGUUUAAAAUUUAAUUAAUUUAGAAUGUUUUGAUGCUGACAGGAUGAGGAAGAUUGUUCUGAUAAUUUAUUUUGGAUGGAAAUAUGCUGCAUUUUUUUUUUGGCCAUAUGCUUUGAAGAUUUAUAUGCAUUUCAAAGCAAAAUAACAGCAGAUGGCAUUUUACAAAAAAAAAAAUCUGUCUGUUUUACUUUGGAAAUUUAAAUGUCUUUUGACAAUUUGCACACACAAAAGAAAAAAGAUUAUGCUUCCUUUUUCAGAUUGAUGAAUCCAUGCUGGGGAGAAAUGCUGCCACGGUGGUCAGGGACAAGGAGACUGGGAAAAGAAAGAAUAUGGCUGAGGAGCAAGCAAAGAAUGCGGAGGAAGAAAAACGGAAAGAGGAACUCAACAAGCAGUAUCAGUUGUGGGGCAAGGGGUAGGAUGCAGACUUAAGUAUAGAAAUCUGCCAGAAAUUGUAGCAACAUUACAAUGGACUAAAUACUUUUAAUUCAUGGGUUUCUUUAACUUGCCUUUUUAAAAAAAAAAACAUUUUUUUUCACAGCCAUUGAAAGCUGAUUUCCCACAUCAAAUAGUAAUCUUCCAUUGAUAGUCAGCAUUUCAAAUCAAUAUUAUUAGCCAACUUUUUCUUCCUUUUUACUAACAAUAUUUAGAAAAAAAUUUUUUAAUGUAGUUUGCUUUUCUCUGAGAAAAAUUAUAUUUAAAAAAAAAAAUGUUUACCUAGCAAAACUAAUAUUUUUUUCACAGAAUGAAGCAGCAAGCCAACCGAGCCUCAGCCUUGGAAGAACAGGCCUAUGAGGCAUCCAAACCAUUUGCCCGGCAUUCUGAUGAUGUGGAUUUGGACAGAAUGCAGCGUUGUGAGAUGAGGCUAGAAGACCCCAUGCUAAAUCACUAUCGCACAAAGCAGAAGAAAGAGGAGGAGAAAUCCGGAAAGACAGCCAAGAAAGGUAAGCAGAUAUGUGAGACGGCCAUUCCUUAAAACUGGGCCGCGCUCAGCUGGUUGUGUUAUAAUUAUAUUGAUGAGUUAAAACUGAUAGAGUUAUAAAGACAUGCUUGUCUUCCUCUAAAGCAGCUGUCUCCAAACGGUGGUCUGGUCAUCCACAGAAAAGUCUGGACAUCAUUGGCAUUUUAAAGUUUUAUAAAUUUUAAAAUUGUAAAAGAAAUUCUUAUACUCUGAAUGACAAUAUUUGUUAAGUUUUUUCGAAAGUAGUAAAUUCAAUUCAUCGUUAACUUUAAUUACUUUUUUUUUAAAAAUCAACUUGUUUCAUUAUCAAAAUGGAUUUUAUGAUUAAGAAAACAUAUUUUUGCUCUAAUACAAAAACCAUUAAACAAUUUAUACGAGAUCAGCGCUGCUAAAUAAAACUGAAUAUAUCCUUGCAUUGGAACCUAUGGGUGUGUUCAUGCUACUAAAAUGGAUGCUUUUGAAAAGAAAAUACUACUGCGACAAACCCGGCUGGCUGAAGAAAAUCUGCAAAUGUUUCUGAGUGGUCGGCGACUGCUGCCCUAAAUUAGGAAAGGAGAAUUGAAUUUCUUUGUACAUAAAUCUUUUGUGAUCUAGUGUAGGAAAAAGUUAAUGUCAAGCAGCACUAAAGGCUAACUAAACAGUUUUUGAAAUGUUGAAUCAAAAUUUUUGGAAGUAGUGUUUCGGAUAAAUAAACAGAAUGUUGAAACCAUGUUUCAGUAUGAAACCCAUAAACUUAAUAUAAUAUCUAUAUAAAUAUUAAUCUCUGUAAGUAAGGUACCCUAAGUUCAAGCAAAUAUUUGAAAACUGUAACGUUCUCUUCAGAACUGCCCAAGUACACUGGAACAGCGCCAAUUUUUUUGGAAGCGCCAAUUAUUUUGGAAGCAAUGUUACGGAUAAAUAAACAGAAUAUUGAAACCAUGUUUCAGUAUGAAACCCAUAAACUUAACAUAAUAUAUAUAUAUAAUAUAUAAAUAUUAAUCUCUGUAAGUAUGGUAUGAGUACACUACCUAAGUUCAAGCAAAUAUUUAAAAACUGUAAUUUUCUCUUCAGAGCUGCCAAAGUACACUGGAACAGCGCCACCGCCCAACCGCUACAAUCUCAUGCCCGGUUAUAGGUGGGACGGAGUGGACAGAUCCAAUGGAUUCGAGCGCAAGAUUUUUGCCCAGCAGGCCAACAAAAAAGCAGUUCAGGAGAUUGCCUACAAAUGGUCAACUGAGGACAUGUAAAUGUAACAAUGCUCCUGCUUCUUUACUGUGUCCUAAGUUUUUUUCAUAGAGGCACCCUCAAUUUGUAAAAUAAAUUGUUACGGUACAUCAAUCAUAGUUUGUUGUUUAUUAUUGAUUAUUUGUAAAUAGAAUCUUGAAACAAGAAGCAGCGGCAUUCCAGUUCUACAAAGGAUACCAUUUGCCUGGGUUUCUAGAGAAUACAGGAAAAAAUUUCUAAAAUUAUUUAUUGCGCAGAAGGGUUAUGUCAUUAUGUCCUUUUUUGAGUUAAGAACCCAUUUUAUAGACGCCAAUUUACCUGCAACCUCAAAAAAAUUUUUUUUUAAUAAUUAAAUGUUAAGAGAAAACUCAUCUAAAUAGAUUCAGUAAUUAAUAUGAAAUUAUUCAAACUUUAUUUAGACUGAAUAAAAAUAAAAAUUUCUUUAAAAAAAUUAUUCUUUUUAGUUUACAUUUACCGCUUUAGUCGGCGAACCCAGAGAAAACCCUUGCUGACUCCAUUCAGCAUUUUAACCCAUAGGCUGUGAACUAGGGGUCUUUUCUGUCAAGACAAAAUAAUUAAUUUGAUAGAAAUUUCUUGCAUAAUGAAUUACUUUUACCUGUUGUUAUAUUUUUAUUCAUAACAUUUUUUAAAAUUUUAUUUUGGAUGAUUUUAGUUAUGAAAAUAUCCUGAUCCACUAACAUACAUUUUGGCAAACUUUCAUUCUAGUUGCUUAAAUUGAAGCCUAAUAUAUUUAUUUUCAUGUUGCAGAAACACUUUUGUUGGUUUUUAUUAGAUUUUUUAAAU